ACGUGAAUGUCCGCCAUCUUGAAUGUCAAAGGUCAUCAGCCUACUGUACACAGUGUACACAUAGUGUUCCGGCUGGACGGACCGGCUCUCACCGUUUUUGCCUCCUGUAUCUCCCAUGACCAUGUGGUACAUCAUGGAGAACACCCAGACCUGUUACGAGCUGAACGAGAGGCUGAUCCACGUGAUCUGUGACUGGGAGAUCUGUACCAAGGACGAUGUGGAGGACCUGAUCAACAAGGGCGCGGACAUCAACUGUGUCCACGGGACUCUGCGCCCGCUACACUGCGCCUGUAUGGUCAGUGAUGCUCGCUGUGCGGAAAUGCUCCUGGAGAGAGGAGCUGAUGUAAAUUCCAAGGAUGGCUAUGGCCGUACAGCUCUUCACUAUGCUGCUGAGAAAGACUCCAACUGUGUCUCCAUCCUCCUACAGCACGGAGCGUUCAUCAACGCACCCGACGGGAACCAAGACACGCCCCUGCACUGGGCUGCCUUCCGCAACAACGCUCCGUGUCUUAAAGUCCUCCUUCAACACGGAGCUACAGUCAACUCCUUAGACUACAACAGCGACACCCCUCUCAGUUGGGCGUCUAUGAAGGGGAACCUCGAAGCCGUGGAAAUCCUCUUACAGUACGGCGCCGAAGUCCAGACCGAAAACUACAACGGGUAUUCGCCGGUGUACCGGGCUUCUCUCAUCCAGGCUCGUGGGCUGAACAACACAAACGACGACGAGAGCCUGAACUUACUGAUCCGAGCGUCGGGACAGUUUGACCUCCGGAACGACAAUGGACAGAUGCCCAAUGAAAUUGUGAGGGACAACCAGCUUUGCGACAGGCUUCUAGAGCUGUCCAACAACCCAAGGACUCUUAAGGACCUCUGCUUAUACAAGAUAAGGAAAUCUAUAGGAGAGACUUAUCUCCCGAAAGCUGUGAAGAAGUUACCACUUCCGGAGUACCUGAAGAGAUUUCUUUGUCUGAAGAAUUGAUGACACCUUCAUCUGCUAUCUUAAUGCUAGCAGACUGGGAUUUAAGCAAAAUUGUUUUAACUGUAUAUUGAUAAACCUAACACAGAUGUACUAAACAGAUGUACUAAUAUUAAUAUUGUUGUUGGGAAGAUA